AUACAUUUUCAUGAGGGUUAUGUUUAAAAACCUUAACAUCUCAACAUCAUGGCUAUUCUUGUAAAACAUGACUAGGAGUUUCUGGCUUCAGAGCAUGACAAAAGUCCAUUCAGCGUUAUGGAAUUCUGACAUUAUAUCGCCUUUGUGUCCAUCUGUAGGUAUUCCAUGAAACUGAUGUAUUGCUGGGGUGUGUGUUAAUGUCUUUUGAUUCGCUGCCAGUAAGUUGGAAGUUAUUCAGUGGGAGGAUUUUUUUUACUGUGGGUGUGACUUGGGUCAUAAUAAUAAGUCGCUGCAACAAUUCCAACAGCACACAUGAGCCCAGCUCCCUGACUGCCUGCUCUCUGUCCUCCAGCCCAGGUGCUCUCUGCCUGCAUACUGUAGAUAUGAGUUCUCUCUCUAGCGGCUCUCGGCGACCCUCGUCUGUGUCCGGUUUUUCGGUCGCCUCAUUUAAGCCCACAGGCUGCAGUCAUGGGAAAGAUGCGGUGGUGUUCUGUGACACCUGCUCCAUGCCUCUGUGUGAGGAAUGCUUGACUAAUGUGGAACAUCGCAGCCACAAGUUUAAGACCAUGGAAGAAGUAUGCAACGACAAACUAGAGAAGAUUGCUGUGCAACUUGAAGAUUGUAAAGGCAGGAGCCAGAGUCAAUUUCAGGAAUUGGUGGAAAGUCAAGUAAUACAGCUUGAAAGGGACUUCCAGCAGGUGCAAGACAGUUUUACCGAGCAAUACAGAGAACUUGACGACCUGCUGAAUCACACCAAAGAACACGCCGUCACACUGUUGGAGGCCCAGCGGCAAGGACAGAAAAAACCCCUUUAUGUGCUGGCCGAGGAGGGGGACAGAUACAAGAUGCGGGCGGACAAGCUUCAGACGGACAUAGCAGAUUUGAGACAAAGGGUGUCGUCAGGAGCCGAUUCUAUGUGCAUUCUGGAAAUCCAGGCACAUCAAAUGAGUAUUGACCUUAUUGAUGAAUUCUACAAGGAAGUCACCCAAAACAGCAAGUUUGACAAAUCAAGGUUGGAGGCCCUGGAGAAAUCCAUCCAGCAUAUCGUUGAAAAAAUCGUUGAAAUCUUCCCUCGACCAUGGGAAUUUUAUGAGGACAUCACCUUUAACCCUAAUCCUGACAAAACAAACGAUAACCUGAUGAUAUCUGAUGACUAUGCGCAAGUCUUCCUUAGUCCCCAACGGUCAUCACCUAAAGUCCCCUACCAGACUAGAGAAACCCCGUUCUAUGUCCUGGGCAAGCAGUCCUGGAAGAAGGGGCAACACUACUGGGAGGUGGACGUGGGGCACUGCCGCACCUGGGCAGUUGGAGUUGUGGAGCUGGCCAAUGGCAGCCGGCCGCCAUCACAGGCUGCGCUAAUGCGCCUGGGACGCAACAAGAGGUCGUGGAUGCUGGAGUCGGAGGACGGGGAGCUGACCGCGCUGCACAACGACAACCUGAGCAUGGUGAAGCAACCUGAACAGGAAGUGACACGCCUCGGGGUCUACCUGGACAUGACCAAGAACAACGGCCGGCUGAGCUUCUACGAUGUGAGCGGCGGCGCGGUCCUGCACACGUUCCGACUGCGCGUCAAGAAGAGCGUGUUCCCUGCCUUCAGUCUGACCAGAGUGGACGGCCAGCUCCAGAGUCUGGUGCUCUGCAAUCUGGGCCUCAAGCCUGAGAACGAGACUGAGAAUGAGACUGAGUCAGAGGACUCAGGGGUCGACACAAGCUCGAGGCGGAGCUCUGCCACGCUAGGUGCAGAUUCCUCUGACGUAUCGGGGUACUCUUCAGAUUACCAAAGUCCGAGGAGCUCCUUGACCACCUCCCUGUAAUCUAGAUCUGGAUCCAUAGACUGAAUGUGGUAGGCUGCUUACAUAUUUCAUAUUCAGGCUGGAGUUUGAAGCACACAAUGAAUAUUGCUUAUCAAUGUUUGACUUCUCGCAAAGCACUUAUUUCUUGCACAAGUUAAGGUUGUUUUGGAUAAACAUUUAACGAUGGUGAAAGGCCAUUUAUAUUUAUUUGUGUUUGCAUUUCUUAUCCUAUUCUUAUAUAUUUUUUUAUCUAUGUGGUUCAUGUCUUCAAAAAAUACAGGCUAUUCAAAUGCUGUUUACUUCUUCUUGCACUAUUGCAAAAUGCACUUUGAUGUCCUUGGACCCUAUAACUUUGACUGGUCAUAUAACGACAGGAGUCAAGAUUUUGUAAAACAUAUUGUUAUUUAAAUAUAUUGUUAUGUAUGUAAUUGAAUGUGUAAUUCAAAAUAAAAUAUUUAUCA